GAAAAUUGCAACCAGAAAUCCAGGGAAGACGGGCCAGAGGCCUUCCGGACUGCCAUUCACAUUGCGGCUGCCGCCGGCCAUGAUACUAUAAUUAGUACCCUGCUCGCUAGUGGGGAACUAGUUGUUGAUGAGCGUGAUAGUGGUGGGAAUACAGCGCUACAUGUUGCUGUGGUAAGCCGGAAGACGGAUGUCGUGGCAUGUCUGCUAAGUUGUCGUGCCGAUGCUAAUGCAGAAAACGCGCUGGGUUGGACGCCGCUUCACAUUGCUAUACAGAUAGGUUAUGUUGAAGCCGUAACAUUACUCAUAGCGUACGGAGGUGACUUGACGAAGAAAGUCCGAGGAAACAAUGUUAAUGUUAUAAAG